UAAACAUUUCCAAUAUACGAAUUCGGUAGGAGAAUCAAUACUCAGACAUACAUAGUUAGUCAGUGAUCAUUUAGUUAGUUAGUUUUUUCCUUAAAUUGUCUGUGAUACAUUACAUAUUACGGAUAAUUCACGAUGAUCUGGGACUUCUUUACCUUUAUACGCGGAGCCACCGAGUUCAGUGCCACUGCGCUACUGAUUUUGCUCGGUUGCAUGGGAGACUCAACGAACCAAGGUGGUGAGAGCAAAUUCUUGGUGGCCAGCGUUCACUAUGGCCUGACGGUGAUGGUGGUGAUGCACGUGUUUGGCUUCGUAUCCGGAGCCCAUUCGAAUCCAUGCAUCUCGAUCUCAUGCUACUUGAUGGGCUACAUCGCCCUGGAAGUGAUGAUGAUGUACGUGGUGUGUCAGAUGGCCGGUGCUUUCCUUGGUUACUUCCUGCUAAUGCAACUGCUGCCCAAGGAGCUGGUGGACAAAAGCAAGCCAGGCAUUUGCCUGGUACAACCGAUGGACACUCUGUCCACAUACCAGGUCGUCAUCAUCGAGUGCCUGCUGACCGCGGUCCUCGUGCUCGGAUGGUGCUCCUUGUGGGACGUGCGAAACGGAAGGUUCCUCGACUCGGUCGCCAUUCGCAUGGGUCUCCUCGUGAUCGCUUGCAGUUUCGCAGGGAUUCAACUAACUGGAGCCAGUAUGAACCCCGCCAAGACAUUGGUGCCUGCCAUAUUCUACGGCAGUCCGAAUUCGGUUCUAAUGCAGCUGACUGGCCAGAUCCUGGCCGCCAUCAUGGUGCCCUUCGUGUGGAAUCAUGCGUAUACGCCACCUUAUAAGCCCUUGGAAAUUCCAGUGUGCAACUGAGCUGUGACAAUAAACAUAAGCUCGACGUUUUUGGCUACCGUGUGGCUUAUUUGAUCAAGUGUAUGAGCAAUUAAAUAUUAACGAUAAGC